AUCCUCAACAGGUUACGGGCCCAGAGACAGUGCUACGGACAUUGAAAAUUAUUGCAAGUGCUGAAGAUACUAUAGGAGUGUGUGACUAGUGUUAUCAAACAUGAGUGUGGCAAAAGUAUCCUGAUAGACUCGCUUAGCAGGGAUAACUACACACGUGGAAAAUACAGAUGAAGGCAUUGCUGGUAGAAAGAAACGAUCACUGGAGUUAUGUAUCUGGCGAGAUAAAGCAGCCACGCUAGAUGAUGGGGACGAAGCAUCCACGAGAGCUGUAGAAGCAUGGACUCAAGGUGACAGCAAGGCGAUGUCGGACAUUAAUUUUGUCAAUAAGCCCCUCAGAAAUCAAACAGGUGUGCACUUGAGUCUAGAGACGAAUUACCAUCCCCGGAAAUUUUCGAAUAAAAAUUAUAGAAGAGUAUACUGCGCGGAAAAGGCGACGUUCGAGAGAACGGAAGGCGCCAUGUUCGUGAAGCGGAAUUAUGGGAAAAAAUCACGGUCACGCAGGAAAUGGCGGACGGGGCAGUGGCCGUCUCGGAAGGUACUACGAGGCAGCGGCGUCUCGGAAGGUGCACGAGGCAGCGGGCGUCUCGAAGGCAGAAGAACGUUCAGGUAUAAGUGUCACAGAUGCCGAAAAGUAGGCCACAAGGCCGCUGAAUGUCCAGACAAAGGUAAGACUGUUGCCAAUUCUUACAAAGUGAAGCGAACUGUUCCGAACACGUGGGACUCGUUACCGCGGAUGCUAUCAUGUUGA